CGAGAAGAAGACGCUUGUGGCUAACUAGCAGCUAGCUAGUUACGCAGUAGCAGUUCUGCGUCGGGCAGCUAAUAAAAUAUCGGACCAAUGCCUUAAAAUCCCAUCUCCUGGUGACACGGACGUUGCCAGUCGAUGUCAACGGACGCUGUUCCUCACUCUGACCGCGGGAGGCCGAUGUUAGCGUCGGGCAGAUUUUUAUUCGCAGCGGCCCCGUUUCCCGUUUUUUGGCCAAGCUAGCUACGCAGUUAGCCCAGCUAGCUAGCUCCCGUUGGCCUGUUAGCGCGCCUGUGAUGGCAUAGCCGGAGAGCAACGGGAUAAAGGAAAGCCUAAACUGUGCAUGGCGACGGACUGGCACCAGUGGGAGUGAGCAGCCAAUCAGCCGAGGCCUCCAGUAACAACAUGGCGUCCCGUCAGAGGAACUCGGUGCGCAUCCUGUCCAGCCGGGAGCGAGGCUCCCAGACGUUUGGCUCGCAGCGCCUCCUGCAGCUGCUGGUGGAGGAGAAAGUUCGCUGGAUGAAAUGGCAGAGCCAGAAAGUGGAGCUGCCGGACAGCCCUCGGUCAACGUUCCUGCUCGCAUUCAGCCCCGACAGGACGCUGAUGGCCUCCACACAUGUCAACCACAACAUUUACAUAACUGAGGUGAAGACUGGAAAGUGCCUACAUUCCUUAGUGGGCCACCGUAGAACCCCCUGGUGUGUGACCUUCCACCCCACAAUACCCGGCCUGGUGGCCUCCGGGUGCCUUGAUGGUGAAGUCCGCAUCUGGGACCUGCAUGGUGGUAGUGAGAGUUGGUUCACAGAGAGCAAUGUUGCCAUCGCGUCACUGGCCUUCCACCCGACCGCUCAGCUGCUCCUCAUCGCCACCAACAACGAGCUCCACUUCUGGGACUGGAGUCGACCCGAGCCGUUCGCCGUGGUCAAGACGGGCAGCGACACGGAGAGAGUGCGGUUGGUGAGGUUUGAUCCUCUGGGUCACAACCUGCUGACGGCCAUCGUGAAUCCUUCCAAUCAGCAGAACGAUGAGGACUCGGAGGUCCCGAUGGACAGCGUUGAGAUGCCUCACUUCCGCCAGCGUUCCUUCUUGCCGACCCAGCCGGUUCGCCGCACGCCCAUCCUCCACAACUUCCUCCACAUCUUGUCGUCUCGCUCCCCCGGGGCACAGGUGGGCGGCGAGCAGCCACCGCCGCGGCCACUCGGUGAAAACGGAAGCGGUGUUCGGGAAUCUCCCAGUGUGCCCCUGGCGCAGUACCCCACCUCUGAGCGCGUGCCGCCCUUUCCCGGCUGCACUCAGCACUUGGGCAUGGUCUGCCUGUGCAGUCGCUGCUCAGCCAAUCGCAACCCUUCCCUGGCCAACAGCGGUUCCUCCGUGACCCUCACUGACUCCCGGGCGCCGUCUGACGCCCCCCAGCCUCCACCCACCUCCACUUUCUCCUCGGCCCGUACGGGGCCCAGACAGCCCUCAGAGCGACCCUCAGCCUUCACAUCAGUCUACUACAGCGCCGGCACUUCUCUUAAUACCACUGCACCGAGCGGUGUGGAGCCGCACUCCGCCUCCAGAACCGGACCUGACUGGACACGUAACCUGCUCAGCAUGAGGGAGGGCGGUGUCGGUCCGGCCAUGCUGCCUCCUCGAACGUCCUCCUCCUCCGUCAGCCUUCUGUCCGUGCUCCGUCAGCAGGACGGCUCCUCCCACUCUCCCGUUUAUACCUCCGCCACCGAAGGUCGGGGUUUCCCCCAGCAAGGAGAACCAGGGGGGGCCCGAGACUCUGCUGGGACCAGUAGCGGACACCACCCGUUCUGGGACGGCUCUCGCAGCAACACCGCCUCUUUCCGCAACGUGUUGCAGUGCAACCUGAGCCGCUACUUCAUGGAGUUUGACCGCAUGCAAGACCUGGAGCCUCCCUUAGGGGGCAGCAUUGCAGAUGGAAGCCAGGAGCAGAGUCAAGAGUUGCUGAAUAAUAACAUGGACCCAGACAGACCCGGGCCUUCCUCAUCUCCGUCCUCCUCCACCCCAACCAUCAUCCACUACCAGCCUCCCCUCCCUCCACCUCCCGCCUCCCACAGCCUGGAGAACAACGUUCCUCCUCCGGCCUCUCGAGGCCACCUGAACCGCUGCCGGGCCUGCCACAACCUACUGACCUUCAACCAUGACUCUCAGCGCUGGGAGCGUACCAAUCAAACCUCCUCCACUUCUGCCUCCACCCUGGAACCCACUUCUUCCUCUUCCUCUUCCUUCCCCGCUUCUUCUUCAGCUCCAUGGCAGCCUGAAGAGAGCAGGAGGCCACUGGAGGCUCAACCACAGGAGAGGAGGGCACCUCCCGAGCCCAGUGAGCAGCCGCCGCCUCCCCCUGGAGGUGGAGGAACAGGAACAGUGGCCUUCCCAAUAGCCCCCUCUUCUGGUCAGCCUGGAGAGCAGACGGUGGGCUUGGUUUACAACCAGGAGACGGCGCAGUGGGAGAGGGUUUACCGACAGGCUGCUGCCGGACGAUCGGCGGAGCCACCGGAGGCCUUAAGCCAAGAAAUGCCUGUUGACCCCCCUGAUGAGGACUACCUGAGGAGACGAUUGUUGGAGUCGUCUCUUUUAUCACUGUCUCGUUACGACAUGUCAGGAUCAAGAGACCACCCCAUUUACCCCGAUCCCGCCAGGCUGUCUCCAGCUGCUUACUACGCCCAGAGGAUGAUCCAGUAUCUCUCCAGACGGGACAGCAUUCGCCAGCGCUCACUCCGCUACCAGCAGAACCGCCUGCGGGCUAUGUCGUCCUCCUCCGAUAGUCCUGCCGGCAACCCGUCCAGCACCAUGGACAACAGUGACGUGGACUUUGAGGAGCUGGAUGAUACUGGAGACCGGGCGAGGCACAGGACGCCACGCAACGCCAGGAUGUCGGCGCCGUCACUGGGUCGCUUUGUCCCAAGGCGUUUCCUCCUUCCCGAGUUGCCCUAUGCUGGAAUCUUCCACGAGCGCGGGCAGCCCGGUCUGGCCACACACUCCUCAGUCAACAGAGUCCUUGCUGGGGCGUCGAUCGGGGACGGUCAGUCUGCCGUCGCCAGCAACAUCGCCAACACAACCUACCGCCUGCAGUGGUGGGACUUCACCAAGUUUGACCUUCCUGAGAUCAGCAACGCCUCAAUCAAUGUUCUGGUGCCAAACUGUAAGAUCUACAACGACGCCAGCUGCGACAUCUCCGCUGACGGUCAGCUGCUGGCGGUCUUCAUUCCCAGCAGUCAGCGGGGUUUCCCAGACGAGGGCAUCCUCGCCAUCUACUCUCUGGCUCCUCACAACCUGGGAGAGAUGCUCUACACCAAGAGAUUUGGUCCGAACGCCAUCUCUGUCAGCCUGUCUCCCAUGGGCUGCUACGUGAUGGUGGGUCUGGCCUCUCGCAGGAUCCUGCUGCAUCCCAACACCGACCACAUGGUGGCACAAGUCUUCCGCCUCCAGCAGCCGCACGGGGGAGAGACCUCCAUCAGGAUGGUGUUCAACGUCGUUUACCCCAUGGCUCCAGACCAGCGGCGCCACGUCAGCAUCAACUCGGCUCGCUGGCUGCCGGAUCCAGGGAUGGGUCUGGCGUAUGGAACCAACAAGGGAGACCUGGUGAUCUGCCGGCCUGUGUUCUAUCGCAGCGAUGGCGAGAGCCCUGCAGAGUCGAACAUCGAGCCUUUAUUCUCCGUGAACAACAGUGGAACCAGCCGGACCCGAGGAGCCGACAGACCAGGGCCCAAUCGCUCCGGCUGGAGGUUGGACCGAGACAUGGGACUGAUGAACGCCAUUGGUCUUCAGCCUCGACACCCCUCCCCCUCGGUGACAUCACAGGGAACCCAGACGCCGAUCGUCCAGCUGCAGAACGCAGAGACACAAACAGAGAGGGACCUACCGGGGCCCAGCGUCUCCCAGCCUCCGCUGAAUGUUCCUCCAGAGACUCCGUCCACGAGUGGAGCAGCUCAGGAGCAGCAGGAGGCGUCUCAGAGCAGCAGAGCUCAGGACGGCGUCCAGGACGAGGCUUCAGCCAACGCGUCGACAGCUGCUGGAGAGUCUCCAGAGUUUGGCUCAGGUGAAGACGCUCUGGCCAGAAUCCGCCGGCUGAUCGCAGAGGGCGGUAUGACGGCCGUAGUGCAGCGGGAGCAGAGCACCACCAUGGCCUCCAUGGGCGGCUUCGGGAACAACAUCAUCGUCAGCCACCGCAUCCACCGCGGCUCCCAGACCGGCACCGCGGCGUCCAGACCUGCAGCCAACCCCCCCUCCAUGAUGCCGCCCUCCUCCUCCUCCUCCUCCUCCUCCCCUCCUGGACCUCUCCUCAACACCCAGCCUCAGACCCAGUCCUGUUCUCCUCCCCAGGCCCCCACUCCAUCUGAACCACUGGCCCCCCUGUGGGGCUCCCAGGUGCUGCCGGGCCCCCAGCUCCCUGAACUUCCUGUGACUGUGGACACUGAUGACGUAUUUGACGGAGGACAGACGGAUGGCGACUCCCUGCCGGGUCCCUCCUCUUCCUCACUGCUGCUGUCUUCCUCCUCGUCCUCCUCUCCUCUUCCUCCUCUCACAGCCUCCUCUCUGUCGGCAGCAGGAGCAGCAGCAGCGGGGGAGGAGGAGGGGGAGCCCGCGACCGUCCCUCCGGGGAGCCACGUGGCAGGUAGUUCUCCCAUUGGCCAAGAGAAGCAGAGUGUUGGCUGAUGGGUUUUUAGUUUAGGGCGCUCCUCAAGCCUUAUCUUACAAAGUAAUGGGUGCUGCUUUGACUCUGCACAGGGUCUCCCGCCUGGAAAGAAAAAAUAAAUAAAAGAAGGGACACAUGAACCUCCCCCUACCCCACCUCACCCCCUCCUCACCCGUUAACCUCGAGUGUCAUUGGCGUGCACUUCGUCUGCACUUAAAAAAACUGGACUGAAACUGAACUCGACCAUUCCUCGUCAGAAAGGGCUCGACUGGAACAGAGACCGCUCAGCGCUGAGCUCGCACGGACGGACGGACAAUAAGGUCCCUGUGUCAAAGUGCCAUGUCUGGGGGUGGGGCGGGGGGCGGGCGGGGGUAGGUUUAUCUUUCUGACACACAUUUACUCCAACGUGCUGCAUAGUUGUAUAAAUAGUGCGUGAUUGAAGUGUU